GCUUUGUUUACAAGAAAUGAACCUUUUCAAUACUUUCCAAAGGAGCACGGCUCUCACCAGAAGAUUGAAGGCAGAUGUAAUCAGUUUUUUUCUGGAGUGAUGACUGAAGCUGGUAGUAAUGUUGUUUGAGAGGAUUGCUAUUCGGCGUAUGAAUGAGCGGAAAUUGCGAUUUCGAUCUCGACAUCUUAGGCAUCUUCAAUUAGCUCUUCUAAGGACAAAGUCAUUAUCCAGCCACCGAAAACCAUGGACGUCUUUCUAUUGAUCGCGGCCUUCGUCUUGCUCGUUGCAUACGGGCUGCAUCUUCUUCGUAAACAGGUGAACUUCUGGGCAGAUCGCAAUGUUCCACACAACCCGGUUAACUUCCGCCAAACCGUGGACCAGACGGUUCACAUGGCACGCCGUUUCCAAGGCUACUACCAUCAGUUCAAAGGGCAGUACCCGUUUGCCGGCAUGUACCUCUUCACCAAACCGGUAGCAUUGGCCAUCGAUCUGGAGUUGCUGAAGUGUAUCUUCGUCAAGGACUUCCAGUACUUCCACGAUCGAGGCACGUACUACAACGAAAAGGACGAUCCCCUGUCGGCGCAUUUGUUCAAUCUAGAAGGCAACAAGUGGCGUAACUUGCGAUCGAAGAUCUCACCCACGUUCACAUCGGGAAAGAUGAAGAUGAUGUACCCGACGAUGAUUGCGGCCGGAAAACAGUUCAGCGAGUAUAUGGACGAAAAGGUCGGUGUGGAGCAGGAAUUGGAACUGAAGGAUUUGUUGGCACGGUUUACGACAGAUGUGAUUGGAAUGUGCGCCUUUGGCAUCGAGUGCAAUUCAAUGAAAGACCCAAAUGCCGAGUUUCGUGAAAAGGGAAGAAUGCAUUUUGAAACUCCAAGGAAUAGGAAGAAAGAUAUGAUGUGCUCGAUCGCGCCCAAAUUAGCUCGGAUGAUGGGACUGAAGCAGAUUAUUCCCGACUUAUCGGAUUUCUUCUUGGGAGUGGUGCGAGAAACCAUCGAUUACCGAGUGAAAAACGGAGUUCGAAGAAACGAUUUCAUGGACUUGCUGAUUGGGAUGUUAACCGGAGAAAAUGUGGAACUUGGACCGUUGACAUUCAAUGAGGUAGCUGCGCAAGCGUUUGUAUUCUUCGUAGCGGGAUUCGAGACAUCAUCGACAACGAUGACUUGGGCUUUGUAUGAGCUCUCGGUGAACCAAGACAUCCAAGAGAAGGGUAGGAAGUGUGUUCGCGAUGUAUUGGAAAAAUACAACGGUGAAUUGAGCUAUGAAACGAUCAUGGAGAUGAGCUACAUCGAUCAUAUUUUGCAUGAAACCCUAAGAAAAUACCCACCCGUUCCGGUACAUUUCCGCAUCGUAACCAAAGACUACAAAGUGCCCAACACGGAAACGGUCCUCCCGGCUGGAACAUCGGUGAUGAUUCCCGUGUACGCAGUUCAUCAUGAUCCGGAAAUUUUCCCUGAUCCGAAAAGAUUCGACCCGGACCGAUUCACAACGGAGGAAAUCAACAAACGGCACCCUUACGCUUGGACUCCCUUUGGGGAAGGUCCACGAAUUUGCAUUGGUAUGCGGUUUGGCAUGAUGCAAGCCCGAAUUGGACUCGCGCUGCUGCUGAACAAUUUCAGGUUCUCCAGUGGGAAGAAGUCAACCGUUCCGUUGGAUUUCACCGCCAAGAGCUUUAUUCUGUCCCCGGAUGAAGGGCUAUGGCUGAAGGUGGAAAAACUUUAGUUCCUAUGUAUGCAAGCAUUAUUAGAUUAAAAAAUAAUGUUUCUGUUAGAUAAGAGCUAUUAUGUCUUCAGUUUUGUUGUCAAAAUUGCGAGUCACACAGCUACGAUAAAUCAUAGUCGUAAGAAAACAGAUAACGUAUUUUGUUAUUUUGCUUUUUCAUUGAGUAAUUAUUGCAAUGGAAUUGGUUUUCAAUGCAAAACAAAGUUUAUCAGCCUAAUAGAUGACAUUUUUAAUUGCACUUAGUCAUUUGGUGUUAUUAAUGUAUUACAAGGGACUAUAAACACAAUUCGUAACACUUUAUUAAGGGAGACGCACACAUCUUAAUCAUACAACAAAUAUUUACUCAAGAAUAGGAAGACUGCAGAAUCUACAGUUAAAACAUAUAAAUAAAAGGUUCGUCAGUUUACAUAAAUAA